GUGCCGACGCUGUGGGGUACAGUUUUCCACGGCUAAAGGGCAGUUCAAGAUCACAAUCGCCGCCUGUUUUACCUACCGCGGAGUUCCAUAAAAGAUUGUUACACCAUAUCGCAGCGAACAUGGUUUGGUCAACAGUUUACGAUGGGAAGACCGAGGCCGGCUCCGCUGAUAAGCCCGCCAUGCAGGGCGCGGCGGCCAACGCGGGCACGCACCUGCAACACAUCAACGCCCUGGACAUCGACUCCAAGGCUUCCUACGUGAGACUGUCCGGCAUCAUCUGUACUAUCGGACCGGCUUCCCGCGAUGUGGCCAUGCUGGAGAAGAUGAUGGAGACAGGCAUGAACGUGGCUCGCAUGAACUUCUCCCAUGGCUCCCAUGAGUACCAUGCGGAAACCAUCGCCAACUGCCGCCAGGCUGAGAAGAACUACAGUGCCAAACUCGGCAUGCCCUUCUCGUUGGCCAUCGCUUUGGAUACCAAGGGACCCGAAAUCAGAACUGGACUUUUGGAAGGCGGCGGCUCAGCUGAAGUUGAAUUAAAGAAAGGCGAGACCAUCAAACUCACCACAGAUCCCUCCAUGCAAGAGAAGGGCAACGCCUCAGUAGUAUACGUUGACUACAAGAACAUCACCAACGUCGUGAAGCCAGGCAACAGGAUCUUCAUCGAUGAUGGCUUAAUUUCCAUUAUCUGCCAGUCUGCUAGCGCUGAUAUGCUUACUUGCACCAUUGAGAAUGGAGGUAUGCUGGGCUCAAGGAAGGGCGUGAACCUCCCAGGCCUGCCCGUGGACCUGCCAGCCGUCUCUGAAAAGGACAAGUCAGAUUUACUCUUUGGUGUUGAACAGGGCGUGGACAUGAUCUUCGCUUCGUUCAUCCGCAACGGCGCUGCGCUGCAAGAAAUCCGUGGCAUCCUUGGCGACAAGGGAAAGAACAUCAAGAUCAUCUCCAAGAUCGAGAACCACCAGGGCAUGGUCAACCUGGACGAGAUUAUCGCGGAAUCUGACGGUAUUAUGGUCGCCCGAGGUGACCUGGGUAUCGAGAUCCCGCCAGAAAAGGUGUUCUUGGCCCAGAAGACCAUGAUCUCCCGUUGCAAUAGCGUCGGCAAACCAGUAAUCUGUGCCACUCAAAUGCUCGAGUCUAUGGUCAAGAAGCCCCGCCCCACGCGCGCCGAAACCUCUGACGUAGCCAACGCCAUCUUGGACGGAGCUGACUGCGUCAUGCUCUCAGGAGAAACAGCCAAGGGAGACUAUCCAUUGGAAUGUGUGCUGACCAUGGCCAAUAUCUGCAAGGAGGCCGAGGCUGCUAUCUGGCAUAAGCAGCUGUUCGUCGACCUUGUUAAUGAGGUGAAGCCGCCCAUCAAGCAGGACCACUCAGUUGCCAUCGCGGCAGUCUCAGCCUCCAACAUUUGCCUGGCAUCUGCCAUCGUCGUCAUCACCACCUCGGGCCGCUCCGCCCAUCUGCUCUCGAAGUACCGCCCACGAUGCCCCAUCAUCGCCGUCACGCGCCACGACCAGACCGCGCGCCAGGCGCAUCUGUACCGUGGCGUGCUGCCUAUCGUGUACCAGGAAUCCGCAGCGGGUGACUGGCUGAAGGACGUGGACAACCGCGUGCAGUACGGGCUAAAGUUCGGUCGCGCGCGCGGGUUCAUCAACACCGGCGACUCCGUCGUCGUCGUCACCGGCUGGCGGCAGGGCUCCGGCUUCACCAACACCAUGCGCGUCAUCCACGUGGAGUAAAACCAGCGCUGCACAAGCAAGCUACUAACGAAAUUAAACAUAUUUUUAUUGAGUAUUAGCGCAAGGGCAAGUGAUAUCCAACGAGAUCUAGUAAUGUUACCCGUGAUGUAUGUAUAAAGAUAAAACGUAUAUGUAAAUGUUUCUUGAAACCUGAGGUUUAGUGCUAGGCGUAUUUAUUUAUAUGGAUUAUUUUAUGAUACCAAGAGUAUUGUAAUGUUGCAUGUUUGCGUAAUGAGAAUAAAUUUUAAAAACAAGA